UUCCAAGGAGUCUAUGUGCCUAUGUGCUUUUGCGGAUCCUUGUGCAAGCUAAUGAAAUCCAGAGUUUUGGGGGACGACUUUGGCAUGAGGUUCUUCAUGUGUGAGAAUUACGAGUAUGAUCCGCCCAAUCAUUACGGCAAGGAUCGAGCAAAGACUCCACCGCCUCUAUGUGAUUUCGUGCAGUGGUUAGACACCGAGCAAUCUCAGCAGGAUAAGGACCAUGUUGAGCGUCAAGCAAAGUGGGCUGCACAAAGGCGGCAACGAAUGCUGCAUGAAGAACAGAUGGAUGAGAAGCGCAAGAAAGAUCAGGAAGAGAUUCAGAAGAGGAUUGCAGAAGUGGAAUGUCAGAAGGCAGAGGAACGUGAAACUGACAGGGAGAGGAAGCUAGAGAGGGCCCGUCGUGCUAAGGAAGCAGGGCCUGAAGCUAUUAGGAAGGGAAAAUAUCCCCGGUGCACUCAAUAAAGCACCAUCAUGUAAUCCCCGCAUUUUAUAUUUCGUAAGGCAUAUCAGAUUUAGUCACAACACUAGAUUACCGUGUUGCACAUGCCACUAUUUUUCAUUGUUAAAAUACCUAGUUUACAACAAAGGUCUCAGCGUUAUUUACUGUAGUAGUACGAACACCUUAGGCCUCUGCUUUGUAAUCGUAGCAUUGUUUACAAAAUUGUAUUGCAAGCCGGGAAUUUAUGGUUCGUAACCUACCUUACCCUUCUAUUUUCAGUAUACUACAUUCAGUGAGCAAUCUAAUUCAAGCAACCUACACAUUUAGAACUGCAACCAAGAAAUCUUUCUACACAAAUACUUUCGUAUUGUUACAUGCUACGAUCUGGUUCAAAUACAUAUCCAUACAUAAUGAAAUGUAAUUGUCACAUACAAAUGGGAAUACAUAUGCGUACAUCUGGUUCAAAUACAUAUCCAUACAUAACGAAAUCUAAACGCGACGGGCUCCAAAAUCCUGAGGCAAUCCAUCGGUGGGAUUCCCAGAAGGUCC